AUGGACUGGUCUGCAGUUUCUAGUCACUUCAAACAGACAUGGCUUACUACUAUAAUGAGUAUGAUUUUAUUUACCGGCGUCACAUAUUUUUUGGUGUGGUCAGAGUGCCAAACUAUACAAAGCAACUUAAUGUUAGAAGAUCUAAUAUCUGCUGCAGAAAGCAUUGAUGUAUUUACAAAAGAUGAAGCGGAACAUUACGAGUCUAAAGUGGUCCAUAUAAUCGGACCUCUAAGAAUAUUAGAACCGAUUUCAGAACCAGACUAUAAUAUACAUGUACAAGCUGUGAAGUUACGAAAGAGAGUGCAAAUGUACCAGUGGAUAGAGGAAACAACGGAAACUGACAAUUUUCUUAGUGAGCCAGCAGAGGAAUCUCAAAAGACGUACUGGUAUCAUAAGGACUGGAGAGACUAUGUUGUUGAUUCAUCAUUGUUUUAUAUAAGACCUGGACACCACAAUCCCACAUCAAUGCCAAUGUUCAGUGAAACUCAUAUCGCUGAUGAUGUGAAAAUUGGAUGGAUGUUCUUAGGUAUGGAUGUCAAACGUAAAGUAAAUGACUAUUAUGAGAUCUGGUCCGACACCCGUCCAGACAGGAGUGAUAUCAAACUACACUCCGGCUUCUAUUACCAUGGCAACAGUGCAUUGGAGCAUGAAAUAGGUGAUCUUCGUAUUCAUUUCUCUUAUGCUGGCAGAGAGGAUGAUAUUUAUACAGCAGUGGGUUUGGUUGAGAGAGCCACUCUUCAACCAUACAGCGCUGAACGUUUUCCCACAGCGGACCCCAUAUCAUUACUAAGGAAGGGAUCAUACAGUUUGAAACAGUUGCAUGAUCUAGAGAAACGAGAUGCAAACACACACACAUGGAAAUACAGGCUGUUGGGAUUUGUGCAAGUAUUUGCAUCAGCUAUGACUCUACAUCCUGAAUGGCUGACAUUAUUUCUCCAAUGCCAAUGGAUAUCGAGUAACUUAAGGAGAUGUACAAGAUUGUGGGUUAAUUUAGUGCUUUCUUUCUCAUAUACACUCUUUGUGGUCUCUAUGCCUUGGUUGGUCCACAAGCCUGCUCUAGGAUUGAUGAUUCUCAUGGGCAGUUUUUGUCCAUUGCUACACUAUUCCACGCUACUGGCCCGUGAACCACGACACUCGCUUUGA